CGGCUGUUAAAUGUGAAACUUCAAAAAAACUUAUUUUUCAAUAUAUUAAGCGAGCUAACAUGGUUUAGGUUUGAGUACGUGCGACAUAAUGGCAGGGAUAACAAAAGAAAUAGUAACUCUUCAAGUUGGACAUUUUUCUAAUUUCGUUGGAACUCACUGGUGGAAUUUACAAGAUGCAUCUUUUGUGUAUGACCCUAAGGAAGCAGCUAACAAGGAGGUCAACACAGAUGUCAUGUUCAGAGAGGGACAGAAUCUCAUGGGUGAGGUGACAUAUACGCCACGUCUGAUAGGGUUUGACCUGAAAGGGAGUCUGAACACAUUGAAACAAGAUGGGAACCUCUAUGACCUCAAUCUAGAGGAAGAUCUAAAAUGGGCAGCUGAUGUGACACAACACAAAGUUGAAGUUGGCGAGAAGAAUGAUUUUCUACUAGAUCUUGAAAGGCAACAGGAGGCACAUAUAGAUGGCUCUGAGAGAAAGAGGAGAAAAGUGGAAGAGGAUGAGAAGAUGGAAAUAGGUGAUGUAUCUAAAGAGUCUAGUCCCACAGAUAUUGAGGAAGACCUCACUAAAAAACUGUACCAUCUUGAGAAAAACAUCAAAGUCUGGUCAGAUUUUCUCAAAAUCUACCUACAUCCAAAGUCGCUAUAUGUUUUGCAAGAUUACUCACAUAACAGCGAAAAUGAACCAUUUGAUAUUUUUUCCUAUGGUAGUGCCAUCUACAACACAAGAACUCACCAAGAUGAGAUAGAUGAUAAACUCCAUUUCUUCUUGGAAGAAUGUGAUCAUUUACAGGGUUUCCAUGUCCUGACAGACACAUUUGAUGGAUUUGGGGGUUUGUCAACAAGUCUUUUGGAACAUCUAGAAGAUGAGUACUCCUCUAAAGGGAUAUUUACAUUUGGACUCUCACCAGCUCAUCAUGGAGACACUACAACUUACCAGGACUCACUUCGUGUGAUCAACAGUGUACUGACCUAUAAUAAAGCUGCAACCCACAGUAGUGCAUUCCUUCCAUUGUCAACCUGUCAGGAGCAAUGGCGGAAACCACAGGGCCCACUUCAGUUUCCUCAUACUAAUUUUGAUGCUAGGUUGGCUUACCAUAGUAGUGCAGUCCUAGCAGCCUGUCUCGACACAAUGUCACUCCCAUAUAGGCUAGAUGGCAGUGCAAUGACAAUGACACACAUAACAGAUGCACUGACACAGUGUAAUAGAAAGGUAUUAACACUAAAUGCUUCAUUCCCAUUCACCCUGAAUCAAUCACAGUCUCUGAUUGGUCGGUUAAUGGAGCUGGAAGAUGAGUUACCAUGGCAACCACUAGGACCAUACCCAACAUCAAAGUCUAAGUUGUUUUCACAGUCGAUGGUAUUGAGAGGAAUACCACCAAAUAGAAUGAAAAGUGUUUCAGAUAAAGAUGUCCACAGUGUACUAGGAAAGUGUAAUGACUACCAAGAUCUGCUUCAACUCUAUUCAACUGAAAUGUUCCCAUAUACACUCAACUCAUGUUUUGUUGUGAAGCAACCAUGUAAAGUCAUAGCUCCCUUCCCCAAUAUAUUCAGAGACAAUCUCACACCUGAUGGUCAGUUAUCACAAACACCUAGGCUUCCCACUGUAGGUGUAGAAACUGUUCCAAUAUGGACUUCAUUGCAGAGUAAUCCCACCGCUGCCACCAUGUUAAACAAACUUAUCCAUGAAGCCAAGAGACUUGACAUUAAUAAAUACCAUAAGUUUAAAGAUUCUGGAUUAGAACAAGAUGAUUAUAAUGAGAUGCUUAAUAGUCUAGAAGAUAUGGCUAGCAAUUAUUCAACUCAAUUGAUGGAGUGAUCUAGACUGAUUGUUUCAAUGUAAAGUUCUGAUCAAAAUAUUUUUUACUGCAAAAUAUUUUUAUAUCUCCCCAUACUGGCAUUGUAUUGCUACCAUAUACUACCCUAUGUUUUAUAACAUGCUAGAGAGAAAUUAAACAAAAGCCCAAUAUAAUAUCACAUUUGUCUUCUUUAUUUCAUUACAAAAUAGCAAGCAAUUAAUAGGAUAUUUUGAACACACAGACAUUAGGCAUAAAUACAGCCAUACUAGAUAGUAUUCAAUAUUUCUCAUAUUAUAAAUAUUAUUUCCUAUUGUAAGAAAUAAAUCCAAAAAUCAUCAAUAUACAUAUCUUCAGUUGCUACUGUACAUGACACCUAUAUAUCUACAUUUUGCUGACUGCUUUGGAUAAAACACAUAAUUCUUUAAGUGUUCUAAAGGGUAUAUAUCCAAAAAAAAGUUACAGCUAAAUCAUAAAAGAACUUUUUAUUUCAUAUUCUCACUGGUGGAAGUUUCAAAAUCCAGUCGCAUGAAUAAUUUCCUGUGUAACAGAAGGAAACUGAGUAAUAAUAUUGUUAUUUCAUGCAGCCCAUCAUAAUAUUGCACUAAAAACUAAAAUUGAAUUACAAAAUGAGAUAUUCCUCUUAGUAGAUUGACAGAUUGCAUUUUUAUAAACAUAUUGGCAAUUUUAGUUUCUUUGGCACCUUGUCUCAACUAAACAAACUGCCUUUUUAUUAAUAUAUUAUUUGUUGAAAUCAAAACUUGACAAAAGACAUUUAUUUAUACAGUGAAACACAUUCGAAAAGGUUUGCAUAAAUUUCAAUACUGAACAUUUGUUCAAUAAAGGGUACAAUGAAACCUGUAAAGUGGA